AAGUAAACAAGGAUGUACUUUUUUGCUUGUUUACAUUAUGAUGAUUGAUAAGCAUACAGCGGUUUUUAAAUAUUCUUGGUUGUUUCGAUUUUUAUCUCGAGUGAAUACAAAGUUUUAGGAUCAUUGGAUAGCCAAUCGUUUACAGUUUUGUACCACAAUUCUGAUGCACAGAAAUUCAAAACUUAUACUUAGUGUAUAUGGCAGUUAGAAGAUUACUUGACUCGCAGAGGAAAAUGACAAAAUCGAAAACUAAAGUUCGACAACGUAAAACAGAAUCUGAAGAUAUAAAUGGCAGCGUAAACACACAGACUGAUAACAGACAGGUUGAAAGAGAAAAACGAGAAAUGGAGCGUCGAGAAAGACAGAAGAUUGUCCUGUGGAGAUCACCUGCAACCACAGUCCAGUAUUUCAUCCUUGAAGCUAGUACAUUGUUUUCAUUACUGAUGGGAAGAUUGUAUGGAAGAAAGAAAACUGUGAUGCUUGUUCUUAGUGUUAUAACCUUUUUAGUUCUUGUGUAUUAUAUGGAAGGAGCACAUCAAAAAACUGUAGCAAGUAUGGAGAAAACAUUACUGUUGUGUGCAUACUGGCUUGGGCUAGGCAUUCUGUCAUCAGUAGGUCUAGGAACUGGUCUACAUACAUUUUUAUUGUAUCUGGGUCCACAUAUAGCAGCAGUCACGUUAGCGGCAUAUGAAUGUAUGUCUGUAGAUUUUCCAGAGCCACCAUAUCCUACUGAGAUUGUAUGUCCAGAAGAAGAAUCUGGAAAGUAUAUCUCAAUGUGGACGAUCAUGAGUAAAGUGAGGCUAGAGGCCUUCAUGUGGGGUGCAGGCACGGCUAUCGGAGAACUACCUCCAUACUUCAUGGCACGUGCAGCUCGAUUAUCUGGAGCUGAUCUUGAUGAUGAUGAGUUUGAAGAGAUUGAAGAACUCAUUGAAGAAAAGAAAACACAUCCUGAUGAUAUGAGUUUUCUGGAGAAGGCCAAACUAUCUGUACAUAACCUGGUGCAGCGUGUUGGAUUCUUCGGUAUUUUACUAUGUGCUUCAAUACCAAAUCCAUUGUUUGAUCUGGCUGGUAUAACCUGUGGUCACUUCCUGAUUCCAUUCUGGACAUUUUUUGGUGCAACACUCAUUGGCAAAGCCAUAGUCAAAAUGCAUAUACAGCAAUUAUUUGUGAUAUUUCUGUUCAGUGAACAUCAUGUAGAAACUGUUGUUAGUUUGAUAGGAAAAUUUCCUAAGUUUGGUCCAGUUUUACAAACACCAUUUGAAGAUUAUCUAAAAGCUCAAAAAACUAAAUUACAUCAUAAACCUGGGACAUCUUCAACAAAGGAAGGUGGCAAUAUUUUAGCUUGGAUAUUUGAAAAAGUCGUAAUAGUAAUGGUGGCCUACUUCCUGUUGUCGAUAAUCAACUCUAUGGCACAGAAUUACCAUAAAAGAUUAUGCAAGGCAAAGAGAAAUAGAUAAAAUAUAAUACUGCAUAGGUCACAAUAUUUUUAUACCAAAUAGUCACUUCUCAUUUGGGUUCAUUUGCUGUAAGUGUAUGUGAUACUGCGACUUUAUGUAUGUAUAUUGAUGUUUUAUAUGAGAUGCUUGUGAAAGAAAGUCACCGUGGGUAUUUUGUGGUUGCACAUUUCAUAGUCACUUUCUGCAAUUAAAUUUUUUUAAAUGAUUCUGUAUUCUUUUGCAUAAACUGAUUAUUUUGAAACAAUGCAUUUUCUGGAGGUAAGAAAAUUGUUUGGCCACUUGUCAAAAAAAUUGGUCUCGUCUGAGAAAAGUAUGGAACGGCAGGGAAAACAUAAAAAUGAUUACUGAUUAGAAAGAUGUAAAGAAUUUUAACAGCUGUCUUAAGUGUGUUAAUGUCACCACAAUAUGAGCCAUGCCAUGAGAAAACCAACAUAGUGGGUAUGCGACCAGCAUGGAUCCAGACCAGCCUGCGCAUCCGCGCAGUCUGGUCAGGCUCCAUGCUGUUCGCUAACAGUUUCUCCAAUUCCAAUAGGCUUUAAAAGCGAACAGCAUGGAGCCUGACCAGACUGCGCGGAUGCGCAGGCUGGUCUGGAUCCAUGCUGGUCGCAUACCCACUAUGUUGGUUUUCUCAUGGCACGGCUCAUAUGAAGUUUAUGUCAUUUUAUGUGUAUAUCUUAAAAUUUUGCCAAUUUUUCAUACAUGUUGAUAUUACACUUUUCAAAUGAACAUUCACAUUACCCACAUUUUAUGGAUUUUUGAGAGAAAAAAUGUCCAUUUUUCAAAAUUAGGAAAUUUGGCUGUCAUUCUGGAAGCCAGUUCCUAUAAAGCUGAUGAAAUAUAUAAUAUUACUUGGCUGAAUAAUAAAAAAAAUAUGCAGCAUAGUACCGAUGAUUUUGACACGCAUCACUUGAUACAAAUGUGUAUAAAUGUACUGAUGUAUACUUUUCAGAAGACUAGACCAACUGUUGAUACUUUUUUUAUCUUUUUGCUGAGGUUUUCAAUGCUAGUAAGUUACAAAAUGGUGAAGAGAUUAUUUCUUUGUUUUUCUACCAGAAACUCAAAAGUUUUGCAGCGCAUUUAGUAUUAACACUUGUUUAAUAUUCACAUAAUAUAUAUAUUAUUGCAUUUCUUAACUAAUAUUAAUCAUAUUUAAACAGAAAUUGUACACCUUUAAGAGCUUGUCUAAGUUUUAACUGUGGACGUAAUGGGAGUAUCGGGUCCAGAUAUAUGUGGCCUUGAUUUAUCAAAAAUGCCAUAUUUCACUGUGAUAACAAUCACAUAUAAAUUAGGGGAGGCAGCCAAACAUGUCUUACAUGUCUUACAGACAGCUCUUGUUAAACCAAUUAAAUGAAUGAAGUAAAUGUUUUACCUAGAAAAACAGAACUUUUAUUCUUAGAAGACUUGUCACAGAUGUCUUAUUUAAUUACAUCUUUAAAUGGAAUUUAUUAACAACCUACUACUUAAAUGUUGCUUAAAGAAUUAAAAAAAAGCUAUUUCAGCAAAUGUCUACAGUUUCCACUUUUAAUUUUGUUAUGUGGUGGCAAGACACAUUGCUAAGUUGAUGCAGUUUAAAAAUCUUAUGACAGUGUUAAAGAUGUUACUUUUUCUGCAGAAUAUUUGAAUAAAAGUCAGAUUUAGGAUACAAGACUCCAGCUGGGUCUUCUGUCAGAGAUUAUAAGCAGGAAUUGUUCAUGAAAAGAAGAGGAUAUGGUUGUAUUUACAUACCAAGAUACUUAAGAUGUAGUAUAUUAUUUAACAUUUAGCCCGCUUUCGGCAAGUGAUUCUGCCUUUGCCACCAGUGCAGACCAAGAUCAGCCUGCACAUCCGUGCAGUCUGAUCAUGGUCUGCACUGUUUGCUAUUCAGUCCGUAAAUUUUCACUGAACACCCCUUUGAAUAAUAAAUGGUAUUGCCCAAAUUGAAUGAUGGACCAGUCCAUUUUAGAAAUUUAGCAAAAUAAGAUUAUAUGCCAGUAAGUAUUUAUUCUAAGAUUUUUUUUCGCCCUAUUGUGCUGUUGAGAUUUAUGUAUGUAAUGUUUUCAUCUGUGUAAUGUAUACACAUGUAUACAUCACAUAAAUGACUUGCAUUUUCGUACAGUUUCACAUUAAAAAUAAGUCUUAAUUUUCUUCUUGAUGACUAUAGGAGUGUCUUGAAAGGUAGUUCUGCAUAUCUGAAUAAAAACAUUUUCAAUAAUGGAGAAUUAAAAUCUACCCUAAUAUUUGAUAUUUGAACUUAGAAAUUCAGCUAAUAAAAAAGAUGAUGCUUGACUUUUUUUUUGCUGGACUGUUUUUCAAUAAAUUGGAUCUCAAGCAGUUUUUUGUAAUUGGAGCCUAAGGGUAAAUCAGUUUUGAAGAUAUUUUUGCAUAUAGAACAAUUUAUCUGUUUCGAUUUUAAUGAAACUUCUCACAGUUGUAAAUUUACAUAUUUUUUUUUCAUGUGGCUAAGUAAAGUCUUUAGAUCCAUAUAAUUUUUGUUUUAUAUUUACCCAUGAUUUUAGAGCUUAGAAAAUAACUGAUUUUAUGGAACUAUUUUGAAUUAUUGCAUGUGUCAACUUUUUGUUCUUAAAUAGAAUUUUUAGAAAGACAGAAUGCUGCAACAGUUCUAUCAGUAAAUGCAUUGGAUGUAUUUUAUUUGAGGUACAAUUUAUAUUUAUGCAAGCUGACUCUAGGCUUUAUUCUAUGGUAUCCCAGGUAAUUGAUGUUAAGCCAUCACUUGGGGUUUUUCAAAUGUGCCGAACUACCUUAAAUGGGUGACUGUAGAUUGCAGUUGAUAAUUGUAUAUUUUUAAAGUUGUGUAAGAUGUUCUGAAAUAUAAAUUAUCAUUUUUAUUUAGUGUACAUAGAUCAUUAAUUUAUUUUUGUUCCAAAAGUGUAAUAUGUUUAGAAUAUUCACUUGGCAUUAUAUAAAUUAGAAACAACAGAUAUUGAGACUACUAUUUGAUGUCCGAGCCUUCUUGCAUAAACAUUUUUGGCCAUAAUAGCCUUAAGUAAUUUUGGUUAUUUGGAGUCGGAUUAUAUUGCACAUGUCAAAAUUCUUGCUCUGUUUGAAUACAGCCUGCCCGCUUAGCUAAAUAAGGAGAGCACAGAUCUAUGGAUCGCGGGUUCGUGAAUUCGAUCCCCGGGCGGGCGUCUGUUCGCUGUGGCGAUUUGAUAAAAGACAUUGUGUCUGAAAUCAUUCAUCCUCUACCUGUGAUUCAUGUAGGGAAGUUGGCAGUUACUUGCAGAGAACAGGUUUGUACUGGUACAAAAUCGAGGACCACAUGUUAGGUUAACUGCCCACCGUUACAUAACUUAAAUACUAUUGAAAAACGGCAUUAAACUCAAAACAAACAAACAAACAGAUCCAUUUGAGUACUCAUCUCAAACAGCAUUGCAGGCAGGCUUUAAGUUUGAAUGUAGAAAAACAUCUGAAACUGUUUUAUUGCAUAUUAUUUUGAAAAUUGGAUGUGAUGGCAAGGGUUUGCUUAUACAUUCAAUAUAUGUGUGCCUUUUAAAUUUAUUUUUCAUUUUUUUGCCCAAUCUGUUAUUCAUUGUCUGAAAUAAAGUUGUUGUGUUGUGAAUACUAUAUACAUUGUACUAUACUGUUAUUCAGAACUGUCAUACUUGUGCAUAUUUACUUUAUAAACACAUUUGAAUUGAUCAUCAUGUAAAAAGUGUACAAUAGACUCGCAACUGAUACUGCAGACUCGCCUUUUCUAUGAGUUUAUUCAACGUGUUAAUAUUUCUUUAUAUUUGGUUAAUACUGUUUGGAGUUUAUGUAAGAUUACUGCAAAAACAGGUUAGAAAUGAUGAAACUAGGCAUUUUAGUAUCAUUCAAAGAAGUAUUACAUCUCUGUAGAAUUCAUCUGUUGAGCCUAGGGGCACAUCGUGCUACAAAGCAUUCCACAGGUUAUGAGUUUGAAUUCUUUGAUGUUUUUAUUGUCUUUGGGAGUCCAAAUUAACUUUAAUCCACUCACAGUUCAUGUGGGAUAGUGAUAUUUAACUUAUAUAGGCAAAGUUAGAAGUAUUAUACCUUCUAGGAAUGUUGUAAGAUGCAUUAAUGAUAUAAAAACAAAAUAAAGUGAAAUAUUUACAGGCCAGGUGCUGUUCCUUUGAUGAAACUAUAUACAGCUAGUGCAUUUAAAUUCCCGUGAAAUCGACAGACAUAAAACAUAGAUGUCCAAGAGGGCACAAAGCUUUAACCUACUGUAUUUCUAAUAAACACCUUCCUCUAUACCAGCUGCCCUAUACUUGUGUGUCCUCUCUCCCUCAAAUUUUUUUUUCAGUUUAUUUAGAUAAUAUUAAGUAUAUACUAGCACUAUAAUAGAGCUAUAGAAUAAUAAAAUGCUAGGCUAUACCGAGCAUUUCAACAGGUUUAAUAACAGUGUGGAAAGUCACAAAUGUAAUAUUCUUUUUAUUACGUGUUAGCUUUUCCUGCCAAAACAUAAAAAAUUCUCUUUUUUUUUUAGGCUAAUUUAGCUAUUAUAAGGAAGUUAGUUUGACCAACACCUCCUAUAUUUUCAACAAUGUAGACUUCAAGGUUUUAGUACACUAGUGUAUUAUCAAUUUUAUGAAAUUGGUUUAUUUCACUCCUGCAACAUCAAACAUGCGAUACAUGUAACAUGAUAGUGUAUUUUUCUGGAUACACAUUGCUAUAUAAAUAUAAAACAUUUGCACUUCAAAGGACUGUUGUUAGUUGACAGUUUUUGUUUUGUUUCAGAGGGUAUUACUUUAUAUGUAUGUAACACUGGAUCAGUUAAAUGUUUGAAUGGAAGAAAAAAUAAAAACGUUUAUGUAAAACGUAAGUCACAGUUUGUAUAUUGUGAAAUGUGUAUAAAAUACAUGGUUGUAUUGAGGCCAGCAUGUACAUUAAGUUUUAUUUAUGUUAAUUAGUAAGAAAGAUAAUAAAAUUACUGUUGCAUGUUCAGAGACUUGGCAUUGACCUUUUUGUUUUGAGAGUACAUGUGCACCAGCUUAUUUGUGUAUACUUUUUAUGCUGGCAUCAAUAAAGGUUUCUAUUUAUGAUGAAAAGCAUAAAUAUUUGAAGUAAUGUAACAUUUGAAAGAAAAUUUUGAAUAUUAAAAGCAGUAAACCCAUUUUGCAUAAGAAUAUCCCUACAGUAUUUACUUGCUGUCUUUUUCAAGAAAGACACAAGUUUAGGACAGUCUUUGAUGACAGAUAGCCUGUUAAACUAUAUUUCCAAGGUACAUUUCGACAAACAGACAUGGUCAUUUUGAGCACUGUUAUUCAGACAUAUCUCUGUAUUAAUUUUAUUUUUGGUCAUAAUUAUUUUAUGUUUGAUUAUACCUCGGAUUCCAGAUAUUUAACAACAUCACAAAAUACUCUGCAGUCAUCAAAACUACUUGCACCAUCACUGAUUGAUCAUUGGAUAUUUGGCCAUUUUGUUUAGAAGUAGUUAAUUUUUCUACUCAAUAUUUCAUCAGUCUGUUUAUAUGUAAACGUCACUUGUUAUAGUGACUGUUGCUGUUACCCAAGUCGGGAAUUUGUGGAGAUAUUUAUCAAUUUCUGCUCUUGCUGCAACUUUCAAAUUAAUAAUCAACAUUCUACCCGUACACCUCUGCACCUGAAUUAAUAUUUGUUGAAGGCCAUGAACAUACUUGUUACUGUGAAAUCAGUAAUUUUGAUUUUGUAGGAACAAAAUUUCAUGGUUUUAGCCUUAACUGCUAUUUCUUGGACAUACAGUUUUGUUGAUUUGGACCGAUAAACAUAAAAUGAAUGGUAAUAUUACUGUUUCGUUAGCAUUAAAUUUGUAGGAUUCACAAAACCAUGAAAUUCACAAAUAUUAGUACAGAGCAAAAAUUAAUGAUUUUACAGUAGCCAGAAAUAUGGUUAGGUUAACUAGCCAAAUGAAAACAAAAACAGCAUUUAGAAUAAAUGUGUUCUCUGCUGAUGGAAAUGAGACAUAAUGUGUAAUAAAGGACCCUACUGUGUACAUUCCUAUCUUUUGUUCCAGCUCACUUUUUACAUUGUUUUAUUGAUUUUUGUUUAACCUACUUUUCUUGUCUCUGUAUUCAUCAUUUAUUUCUCAUCCUCUUCUUGUACAACUCUGUGUAAUAAUAAAUUACUGGUAAAUGUUGAACCUUGGUACUACAAAUAAAUUUCAAAAUGUC